UCGCAGAGAGCGAGCGUGGAAGGAAGGGCGCACCGAGCACACCAGCUUUCCGCCUGUCGAGCUAACCGACCAUUUUUCGCUGGUAUUACAGAUUAACCUGUCGAAUUUGGUUCGGGCAGUGAGGAGACCGCCCGGGUGAUCAGAUUUUCACGGUGAACACCAACAGAUCUGUCACACUCGCAUAGAGCGAGCGAGCGAGCGAGGAAGAAGAAGGAAGGAAGGGCGCGGCUAGCACACCAGCUUCAGCCUGACGAGCUAACCGUCGCUAACCGACGCUCUCAGUCCUGUAUUGAGAUUAAAGACAUGGGGGAACAGGUUGGUGUUUGGCUCCGGGCGGCGGUGCUGGCGACCGUGCUGAUCUCUGUUUUAGCCGAAGAUAAAUACUUCGCUGUUGGUGGUAACCUGGAGCUGAGGCCUCAACCAUCAGCAGCCAUCACCAACAUCCUGUGGAAACACAACAACAAUCUGCUGGCAGAGUGGGUGCAGGGAGCAAUUAAUCUGACAUACUACAGUACGUUUAAAGGCCGCACAACCCUGGACACAACCACUGGACGAUUGGAAAUCAAGAAAAUGGUAGAAGCUGACGCGGGGCAGUACGUAGUGGAAAUCAACAGCCAUGUCCAGAGUCCGAGCUAUAAUGUUAAAGUGAUCAAAGAAGUGCCCAAGCCUGAGGUGGUGUUGCGACCAGUGUCCUGUAAUGGGGAUUCAGAGGAGUGCACGCUGUCCUGUGAUGGAGACACUGCAGGGGCCGAACCUGUGACCUACAGCUGGAAGGAGGGAGCCGGAGACUGGAAGGAGUCGGAAAAGGACAUGAAAAUCACCAGGAGUUCGAAAAACCAGGUUGAAACCUUUUCCUGUAAGAUGAAGAACCCGGUCAGCGAGAAAGAAAGUGACCCCCUAGGCAACCCGUUCUACAGUGCGGCUGCAGAAAGCUCUUCAGCUGGAACUAUAGCUAUUUCGGUUAUAUUUGCCCUAAUCAUAAUCAUCGCAAUUGCAGUUGUGUUUGUACUCAUCAAGAAGGGUGUAAUCCCGAAAUUCUGGAUCGCUAACGAUCGAGAGCAAGUUCCCACUGCGAUACCAUCUGGAAAUGGAGAUGCAGCAUCUAAUGUCAAAAACUCACCUGAUGCUCUGUAACUCAACCCACAAAAUCCAAAAUCACAAUCCUAAGGGACUGGAUGAAGUUGUGGAGCUCUUGCCUCAUGAUGCCUUUGGCCCUCAGGUGUUUUUAUUAGCAUCAUGGACUGUUACUUUACAGGAGCAAGAAGAACGACUUAGUUAAUCCCCCAAAACAAUGGAACAGAGGGACAUCAUGUUUUUUUUGUUUGUUUGUUUGUUUGUUUUCUUAAAACUGUGUGUAGCUUAUCAGGAUAUCGCUAUGACAUUCUAAGGUAGAGUAAGAUGGGAGGAUAGAUGCUCCUCCUCUUCUCUCCUUUAGUGUCCAUUUAGCCACAUUUCAGCAUUUCUCUUCACGUGUUAACACAAAUCCCAAAGAAUGUACUAACAAUUGCAGCCCAGAUCUUAAAGAAAAAUGUUUUUAUUUCUGCUACGCCUUGAUGAAAUGACGUCUGUGAAGAUUCUCAGUCAUCCAGGGCAUAAUUAUCCAAAGACUGUUAAAGUCAAGGGCAACUGGACUUGGUUGAAGAUACUGGAAGAUAUUUCGUCUGACUUAAUGGUAGGGAAACUCAGCUAUUUAACGUCUGUGGGGUCAUCGAUACCACUGAACUGUUGACCCUUGACUUUUGACUUUGGAUAUAUCAGAAGACCUGAAUGAUGCUGACUCUCUGGUGUUGAUGGAUUAAUGCAUUGAAGCAUGUUCUUUAAAAAAAAAAACCUUAUAAUAACUUGAAGAAAUCCAAACAUCAUGUAAAGGAAUGUUGGCAAUGUGUCUUGUUAAAUCAACAUUGUAUUAUAAACAUCUUAUCGCACCUGUAUUUGUAAUUUGCUGGUGACUUUAAGCGCAUGUCCACAGCUAAGGUAAAGCAUGUCUCUGCAUAGGGACCAUAUGUAUAUCAGGGCUGCAGCAAGUGAUUAUUUUAUUAUUAUUGCUUAUCUCGAUUCGUUUUUAGGUCCAGAAAAUUGUGAAAAUGUCAGUCUUUGACAAAGCCAUAGGGGAUGUCCUCAGACACAUCUUCUAUCCACCAUCCAAAUAUAUUUAGUUUACUGUCACUGAGGAGGAAACAAACCAGAAAAUAUUCACAUUUAAGACGCUGGAAUGAGAGAAAUUUGACAUUCUUUCUUUAAAAUAAGAUACAAAAUAGUUGGCAAUUAAUCACCUAGUUGUUGCUGCUCUAGUGUGUGUAUAUGUAAUGAAUCAAAAAUAAUGUGGCUCAAUCUGCUUAAAGUUAUUUAACUAUCAUCCAUCCCUUUUCCAUGCACUGGUUUAAGUGAUUGUUUAUUUAAGGUUUUGGGUCUUAUCUAAAAACAAUUAUUGACGCCACUUCCCGUAACUUAUUGUACUUAGCAAAUGUUUGAAUUAUGGUUAGUUUUUGUAAGUGCCUUAUAAAUAAACCUGUCACAUCGUCA